AUGGACUUCUGCCGAAUCCGCAUGAUGGACAACGACAACCAGGCCCUCGACGCCGUCUUGCCCCGCGAUGAGAACGGCUGCGGCGUGCGAGACGGCACGGCCAUGACGAUCACAGAGGAGAUCUACUGGAGCGACGAGGCCAACAAGACCUGCGACGGGCUUUACGCCGAGCUCACCUGCCGCGUCUACUUCAAGGCCCACGAAGGCUUCAACCUUACCUUGCGCGACGGUGCCAUCUGCCUCUUGCCCACCGACGCCGAUGUCAAGAUGGCAGCCCCGGCGUACCCUCUUCUUGAGUCGGCUUACGACUUGCAGCACCGUGCCCACCACCUCGCGGAUCUAAAUGAGGUUGCAACACCGUCCACUGCUGCAGGUCCUAGCAGGAGAUCACGAGGCAAGGAACCCCCAUCCCCUCAGGCAAGCGAGGACUCUAAAGGAGGCAUUGCAAGUUUGCAACUGUUGAAUGAAAUACUUCUCGUUGUAUCAUUGUGCAUGUACAUUAAGUUCUGGAGGCUGAGAAAUUACCCGUUGUACCCCAUGGACUGGCCGGUUGUGGGCAUGCUCCCUUCCCUCGUUGCCAAUCUCCACAACUUCCACGACGAACUCACUGUCGUCCUUGCCACCAACGGGUGUAACUUCAAGGCGCGAGGGCCGGUAGCAAGUGGCAUGCGGUUCUUCGUCACCGCUGAACCGGCAAACGUCCGGCACAUCUUCACCUCCAACCAUGCAAACUACCCCAAGGGCGAGGAUUUUGCUGAAAUCUUCGACAUCUUUAGCGGCACCAUCUUCACCAUUGAUGGUGAGGCCGGCCGCCAGCAUAGAGCCAUGUUCCAGAACAUCUUGAGCAAUCCACGGUUACUUGCCUUGAUGGCAAGUUGCUGCCGUGACAAGGUGGUGAACGGACUCCUCCCGUUCUUGACCCGCAUGGGCAGCACCAGGACAACGUUCGACAUGCAGGAUUUGAUCACAAGGUUGGUGUUCGACCUUACUGCCACGCCGAUCUUCGGUGUCGACCCGGGUUGCCUGUCCAUCAGCAUGCCGUCUAUCCAUGUUGCAACCGCCAUGGACACGUUCAUGGAGGUCGGCUUAUUCCGGCACACCAUGCCGGCUUGUUUCUGGAAGGUGAUGAGACGGCUAAACAUCGGUCCAGAGAGGAAGCUGGCCAUGGCGGAAACAGUGAUGCAUGCUUUCAUCAGGGAGAUGACUGAGAAGUCGAAAGCCAGGUGCGCCGAUCUCCUUGAUGAUGUGUUGGCCAUGGACAUUAUUUCUGCUAACCCAUCAGUGGGCAGAGACGAUGUCCUACUACGUAAUGUACUCAUCGUUCACAUGAUCGCCGGGCGGGACACGGUUGGUACCACGCUACCGUGGGUAUUCUACAACCUCGCCAGGAACCCCCGUGUGGUCUCUUGCAUCCGCAAGGAACUGGCACCCAUCGCAUCGCUCAAGGCCACUGCUCUCGCCUCCAAUAGCAUCAGCAGUGUGGUCGUCUUUGAUCCAAAGGAGACUGAACACCUAGUCUACCUUCAGGCAGCCUUAUUGGAGUCGCUCAGGUUGUACCCACCAGGCCCGAUCGAGCGCAAGGUGGUGCUAGCCGACGAUGUGCUCCCAAGUGGUCACCAGUUGUGCUCCGGUGAAACCAUCCUGAUCUCCAUCUAUGCCAUGGGUAGAAUGGAAUCCCUGUGGGGCAAGGAUUGCCAUGUGUACCGUCCGGAGAGGUGGCUGUCCGAGGACGGUGCUAAACUGCGUUACGUGCCGUCCAAUAAAUUCAUGGCGUUUAACACAGGGCCGAGGAUGUGCCUUGGCAAGGACAUAGCAAUUGCGCAGAUGAAGACCAUCGUUGCCGCGGUGGUGUGGAACUUUGAUAUGGAGGUGUUGGAAGGGCAGAGCAUCGAGCCAAAGCUGUCGUGCAUUCUUCAAUUGAAGAACGGGCUCAUGAUGAUGGUUAAGCAGAGAGAGUAAUCAAUGUGACAUGGAAUAAGCUAGGUGCAAUGCAACUACAGAUCGACUCAGUCCUGGCAUAUAUGGUUUGAACAAAAUAGUUAAAUCCAAACUUAUAAUGAAGUAAAUGGAGGCGUAACAUGUAUUUUCGUCAUUAAAUAAAGUCUACG